AUGGUUAGGAGAGAAACAUCAACUUUCAAGCCCUCACAGUUCAAGAACAGAGAGACCUCCGUUGAAACUGGCGCCUCGGUUCGUAACACUAUCCAGUCUGGCUCGUUUACGGUUGGCCAGAAGACGGAGGAUGUCCAGCGUGAGGAUGAAGGUAUGGACGAUGAUACCGGGACUCACACCGACAGUUCGGCAAUCGAGGAAGAGGGUCAUGCCGAGAAAAGAGUGUCGUCAAGUCGCCGUCAACGAAUCAGGGAUGUAGUUUUGAUCUUUUAUUCCAAGUUUGGAACCACAGUCAAUCUUGCAGGAAUGGUCAUCGUCGGACUCGGAUACAGCAUUUUGGCAGAGUACCUGGGCAGCUCACGACUACUGGGAGCCUUUGUCGCGGGUGUCUUAUUCUCGGACUUUGAGGAUCUUUGCCACCGAUACGAAAAACAGAUUGCGCACAAGAUCCAGCCAGUGAUGAAUGCGGUGUUCUUUGCUACCAUUGGCUUUGCGAUCCCACUGACUACGAUCUUGGAACCUGUUUUAUUCGGUUGGGGUCUUGUCUAUGCUGUGAUCGCUACGCUUUCGAAGUUGACGACCAUGAUAACGCGCGGAGAACUUGGGUUGUUGAUGGUACAACAGGCACAAAUGGAGGGCGUGAUGGGCCAGACAACGAUAGUUAUCACCACCUGGUCGAUCGUCUUGGCCACUCUUUUUGGUGUCGGAACAUUCAGCGUUGUUAUGAAGCGCAAGAUCAAGACAUAA